GGCAGUCGGGAGCGGGCGGCGGCAGGCGCGGGUUGGGCCGUGGGGGGGGAUUGCGGCGGGAGCGGCGGCGGCGGCGCGUGCAGUGCGCGCGGGGAGGCGGGCCCGGCGGCGUUAAACCUCCCCCGGGCCAUGUCCCGGGCGGCCUGAGCGGGGCCGGCCCCAUGCGGCGCCGGUAGCGCCCGUCAGCGAGCGUAGCCGAGCGCAGCGCUAUGGCCGACGCGGCGCCCGCUGAACCGGGGCCGGAGCCCCAGUGCGAACCGGAGCUUCGCUCCGAGCCCGAGGCGCGGCCGGAGCCGCAGUCCGAGCCCGAGCCGCAGCCCGAGCGCGGAGAGGCGCCGACGGAGGACGGCGAUGCCGGGAGGCUGCCGCCCCCCGGGGCGGAGGCGGCGGCGGCGGGCGGCGCCGAGGGGCGGCCGCCGGCGGGCGGAGCGGGGCGUCCCGGCCUGGGCCCGCGGUACCGGGCCGUGGGACGCACCGAGGAAUGGCCGGUGAAGAAGAAGCACCGUCGGCGGCCGUCGAAGAAGAAGCGGCGCUGGAAGCCGUACUCGAAGCUGAGCUGGGAGGAGAAGCAGCAGUUCGACGAGCGGCAGAGCCUCCGCGCCUCCCGGCUGCGAGCGGAGAUGUUCGCCAAGGGGCAGCCGGUGGCUCCCUACAACACCACGCAGUUCCUCAUGGAGGACCAUGACCAGGAGGAGCCCGACCUGAAAACCGGGCUGUACCCGCGGCGAGCGGCCGCCAAGUCGGACGACACGAGCGAGGAGGAUUUCCUGGACGACGCGGCGGACGAGGACGGGGGCAGCGACGGGAUGGGGGGGGACGGCAGCGAGUUUCUGCAGAGGGACUUCUCGGAGACCUACGAGCGGUACCAUGUGGAGAGCCUGCAGAACAUGAGCAAGCAGGAGCUGGUGAAGGAGUACCUGGAGCUGGAGAAGUGCCUGUCGCGCAUGGAGGAGGAGAACAACCGGCUGAGGAUGGAGAGCAAAAAAGCCGGCGGGGAGGCGGCGGACCCGGCGCGGGUGCAGGCGCUGGAGCGGGAGGUGGACAGGCUGCGAGCCGAGAACCUGCGGCUGCUGCGGGAGCAGGAGCUGCCCCGGCAGGAAAAGGGCCCCUGCAAGCCGGGGGAGUGACACUGGGCAGGGGGGCGCGGGGGGGUUUUUACAGUGCUGGGUGGAACAUUCGGUCCUUGUACAGAGUCGCCGCGGACCCUUUUUGUGGGCUAAACUGCAGCUGGGUGGGCUGAGGGCUCCCCCUUUUUUAGGUGGCUGUGACGGGGCGAGGGGGGGGUUGAUGUAUUGGUGAUAACUGGUUUAUGGUUUGGUUUUUUUUUGGUUUGUUUUUUUUUUUUUUUUUUUUUUUUUUUUCUUUUUUUGGUUUUUUUUUUUUUCUGUGUCUAAACCAAAAAAAAAAAAAAAAUCCCCAGGAAAGCUGUAAAUUGGCCAAAACUGACUAUUGAAAAAAAUACAGAGGUCUAAUAAAUUUAAUUACUUGUAACUGUAAUAGUUUUGGUGUGAUUUCUCGAAAAUAAUCAGAAUGGCAUUCCACUAGGGAAUACAUCCUAGAUUAUUUUCAUCGUGUUAUAACUGUUGUUUGAUUAAACUUAGUUGUAAUCCCCCGCUUAA